AUGACUCAAACCAAAAACUACUAGCAACAAGAUGUGCUGCCAUUUUUCAUCUUGAUUUUAACAGUUGUGGCCACUGAGCACAUCAUUGGUAUCAUUGCAAAUGGGAUCAUCCUGGCUGUGGGUGUAGCCUCUUGAGUUCAGAAAAAGGCAAUUUCCAUAAGUACUAGGAUUCUGCUUCUUCGUGUAUCCAGAAUAGGUCACCAAAGCAUCAUCUUGAUAGAAAUGACCUUCUCUACAUCCAGUGCUUCUUUUUACAGCAGUGUUUUAUGCAGUAUCUCCAAAGUAGGUUUUGUAUUCUCAAGUUAUUGUAGGCUCUGGUUUGCUGCUUUGCUUAGUUUCCUCAACUUUUUGAAGAUUGCCAAUAUUUCUUACCUGUUCUUCAAGCUAAAGCGGAGAAUUUCUAGAGUGAUGCCUUGGCUUCGGUGGGUCUCAGUCUUCAGCAUGUUCUUCUGCAAAGACACCUACACUGUGUAUAACAACAGAUCUCUAAGUAUCACCUUCACAGAGAAACUAUACUUCAUUGGGAAGAAUGUGGUCAGUGUGGCUUUUUUAUUCAGAUCGGGUAUCCUCCCUCCUCUGAUCAUGUUCGUUGUCACAGCCACUCUGCUGGUUUUCUCUCUCAAGAGACACACCUUGCACAUGAGAAACAGUGUUGCUGGCUCCAGAAACCCCAUCAUAGCUCACAUGCAGGCCAUCAAAGAAAACUGCUUUCUCUUUCUCUACAUUUCAGAUAUAGCUGCUCUGUUUCUGUCCAUAUCCAACAUAGCUGAUGUUAGUCUCCUCUGGAGUAUUGUGCUCAGAAGCAUCCUGCCUGUACCAGCUGGCCAUUCGGUUUUACUUAUUCAUAAGCCUGGAUUGAGAAGAACAUAGAAGCAGUUUCAGUGCCAAAUCCAUCUGUACUUACAAAGUAGAUUCUGA